AUUAAAACCAGCAGCUACUCAGUGAAAAGAGCUCCUCUGCAUCCUGUUUGCAGGCAAACUUGAAGGAGAGGAUCUCACCACCUGCAGCUCUCCCUGAAACCCAAAGUUCCCAGAGCCUCUCUCGGCAAUGGCUAUGGUGUGUCUUUCAGACUUUGAAGCUUAUGCUAAAAAGCAUUUACCCAAGAUUGCUUGGGAUUUUUUUGCAGCUGGAGCAGAUGACUGUAGCACCCGAGAUGAAAACAUUCUGGCAUAUAAAAGAAUUCGUUUCCGGCCACGUAUGCUGCGGGAUGUAUCUGAGAUGGACAUUAGGACUAAGCUCCUCGGGACUGAAAUCAGCUUUCCUGUAGGAAUCGCCCCUACCGGCUUCCACCAGCUAGCAUGGCCUGAAGGAGAGAAAAGCACAGCCAGAGCUGCCACAGCAAUGAAUACCUGUUACAUUGCCAGCACGUACUCUACCUGCACGCUGGAGGAGAUUGCUGCGGCUGCCCCCGGCGGCUUCCGGUGGUUCCAGCUCUACAUCCACCGCAACAGGGCAGUUUCCAAACAGUUGGUCCAACGGGCAGAGGCCUUGGGCUUCCAGGGCCUUGUCCUCACCGCAGAUCUGCCCUACACGGGCAAAAGACGUGAUGAUAUCCGCAAUGGUUUCUGCCUUCCUCCCCACAUGAAACUGAAGAACUUGGAAGGAGCCUUUGAGGGGGAUGACCGUUCUGAGUACGGACUGCCACCCAACAGCUUGGAUCCUUCGGUCACCUGGAAUGAUAUCUACUGGCUGCGGAGCCUGACUCACCUGCCCAUCAUCAUCAAAGGCAUCUUGACGAAAGAAGAUGCAGAGCUGGCAGUGAGACAUGGGGUUCAGGGAAUUAUUGUGUCCAAUCAUGGUGGAAGGCAACUGGAUGGAGGACCUGCCACUAUUGAUGCUCUGGUUGAGGUUGUGGAGGCAGUACAAGGCAAAAUAGAAGUCUAUUUAGAUGGUGGAAUACGAAAAGGAAGUGAUAUAUUAAAAGCACUGGCACUGGGAGCAAAAUGUGUCUUUAUUGGAAGACCAGCUUUAUGGGGUUUGGCGUACAAGGGUGAAGAGGGGCUUCAAGAUGUGCUGAGGAUUUUGCAGGAUGAGUUUCGUUUGUCAAUGGCCUUAGCUGGCUGUGCCAGUGUCUCUGAGAUUGGCCGACACCUAGUUCAGUUCUCAAAGCUGUGAAGGGCCUCCUGCAAUGCCCACUGAACAGAGGCACCUCACGCUGAGGUCCCAGCUGGACUGAAGAGAGAAAAAGGAGGUGCAAACAUUGAAUGUGCAAAAACUAUGUGAUAAGACCUGCAGGAAACUUCUUAGGAGAUUAUGAAAGGUUCCAUGUUGCAAAGGCUUGUCUCUGCUUUUACUGAGAUCAAUGAGUUCUUCAACACCUUGAGUAAUUGUUACUUGCUUUAAUACAUUUUAUUUAAACCAGA